AUGCUAAAAGGGUUAAUAUUUACUAUAGCUUUGACAUUUGUUAUUUCAAGAGGAAAUUAUGAAGUAAUUGAUAUUGAUGAAUAUUUUGCUUAAUAAAGGAAUGAUGAAAUUUAUUCAGCAGUCAGAUAAAAGUUAGAUUAAACUAUCCCUAAAGAUUUUGAAUUUUUAAAAUUAGAAUCGAUAGAGAGAUAAAUUAUAGCUGGAUUAAAUUAUAAAUUUUUUAUUAGUUACAAAAAUGAAUAGAGUAUACAACUUUAUGGAGUUGGUAUAUAUUAAGAGUAUUAUAUAAUCAUUAAAAUAGCUUAUAAAAUAAUCUUGAGAUUUAUGAACCUGAACUUAUUAAUCAAAAAGAGUCUCUUUGA